GUGGUCGGUCCUAUUGGACGCAAACCUCUUUUCAGACUCUAGCCUCUCUUUUCUCUGUAAUCUCAUACUCUCCUUGAUUACUUGCAAAGCUUCAAGCUUCAAUUUUGAAACCAACCCGUGUCACCAAAUCACUUUUAAAAAGAGAGAGACCUGCCGAGUUUACAAGCUAAGUGUACCCAUCCUCGUCAAAGCACAGGAGCCUCGUGCUCUUCUUCUUCAUCAAUCGAAGGCCACAAAUGGAAGAACACCUUGACAACCCACUUAGCACAGACAAAUUAAGGAGCCGAGAAGCUCCAAAAAGAGGAAAGAGAAGACAGAAAGAAAAAGUGGAAGAGGAGAAGGAGAGGGGCACAGUAUAGGCAGUGGAAUUUAUUUCUUGGCUGCCGGAAAUAAGGCAUAAAAGACAUGAUUCCGGUUGGUUGAUAUGGUGGAUCACGUCAUUUAUAACUGAUGGCCAGAAUAAAACAACAAAAUACGAUUCUCUUGAUUGAAUAUUUCAGCAACCAAACGUCGGUUAAGCUCCAGUAGCGGCCACCAUGGCUUCGAAAUUAAAGAAAGGCAUGAUAGGGGUGAAGGCAUGGCUGGUGAUAUCAGAAUCGGGCCAAUCGUUUGUAGAGGAAGUAGGGAAGCAUUCGAUAAUGAAGAGGACUGGAUUGCCUGCACGUGAUUUGAGAGCAUUGGACCCGGUGCUGUCAUAUCCGUCGUCGAUUUUGGGAAGAGAAAGGGCUAUUGUUGUGAACUUGGAGCAUAUUAGGGCUAUUAUUACAGCAACAGAAGUGCUUAUGAUUAAUUCUAAUAAUCCUUUGAUUGUUCAGUUUGUUGAGGAUCUUCAACAUCGGAUUGCUUUUGGUAAUGCCAAUGCUACGCCUCCACAGCAGGCAAUGGAUCAUGAUGGCACUGGCUUGGGGGAUGCAGCUGACACGACAUCUCCAACUUAUAAUUCCGGAGAUAUGAAGAGUACGGAAAUAGCGGGCGAGAGUGCAAAUUCAAUGAUGAAUGAUCUAGUAGGUGCUGGUCCCAAGGUGCUUCCGUUUGAGUUCAAAGCACUUGAAGCUUGUCUUGAAUCUGCUUGCAGGUGCCUUGAAUCUGAGACUCAGACAUUGGAAGAAGAGGCAUAUCCUGCUUUGGAUGAACUGACUUCUAAUAUCAGCACACUCAAUCUUGAGCGUGUUAGACAGAUAAAAAGUCGUCUAGUUGCAAUUUCUGGACGCGUGCAGAAGGUGAGAGAUGAACUUGAACAUCUGCUGGACGAUGACAAUGAUAUGGCUGAAAUGUAUUUGACAGAAAAGAUUUAUGCUUAUGCAGCAGAUCAAACAUCUUCAAUAGAGGAAGUAUAUGAUGGUGAACAAGAAGUAGAUGAUGACAGUGUUGAUGAUUCCAAAUCUGGAGAUGACUCUGAAAUCUACACCAGCUCUAAGCCAAAUGUCGAGGAGUUGGAGAUGCUUUUAGAGGCCUAUUUUGCACAGAUAGACGGAACCUUACAGAAACUAUCCCAUAUGCGUGACUACGUGGACGACACAGAGGACUUCAUCAACAUAAUGUUGGAUGACAAGCAGAAUCAGCUGCUACAGAUGGGAGUGAUGCUUGGUGCUGCAAACAUGAUACUCAAUGCAGGCAUUGUGGUCGUAGGACUGUUUGGAAUGAACAUUCAUAUAGAACUCUUUGAUGGUAAACCAAUACAAUUCUUGGAGGCUGUGAUUGGUGCAUGUGGAGGAUGUGUUGCUCUAUUUAUAGUUGCUUUAGGAUGGGGUAAGAAGAAAAAUAUACUGGCUCUUUAGACUUGUUUACAAAACUCCCCAUUUACUUUAUAGCUUUUUAGUGUAUGCGGGCUAGAGGCCAUUAUUAAUUAUUAUUAUUAUUAACAAAAACUAAAAGAAAUGAUGCUUUUAAACCACAAUAAUAUAUAUAUUUUUUUAAUC